AUGAAAAGAAACAAGACUGAAAACCAAUUCUCCAAAACCAACUAUAUACGCCUAUUGAACCUUGACAAGAUCCAGGGAUCAGUGCCGACAACUCCAAGGAAAACCAAAUUCAAGUCGCUUGUCCCAAAUCAUCAAGAUGUGCAGAACCAUCCCAUCUUGCUAAGUCAAUUGUUGUGUGACAUUCCAUUCAUUCACACUCACGUCAGACAAAUACCCACUCUUCCCUCCUCCAAUCAUUAUUAUUGCAAAAGCACAACCAAAACACACACUCCUACUGCCUCUUAAAUUAUGCAAACAAAAAAAUUACAAUUAAAUCAUAAACCAUAAAGAUUUGUAGUUAAAUUGAAUAAAAAAAUCCCAACAAUUCUCUCCAAAUAAUCCCAAAUCGUUAAAUCUUAAACUUAUCGUCCAAAUUAAACCACCACCAAGUUCCAUUCCUUAUCCAUCGAUCCCAAAUAUCAACUAGUAAGUGACAUCACUAAAAGUGAUUUCAAGUCCGAAAUCCUCUCCAAACAAACCCAACCUCAACAGCCAUCGGUCACUCAAUUUACAAGUCCCAAUCAACUCUCCAGAUACAGGGAUUGCUCUGAAAUCGACGAUUUUAAUAACAAACUCUACGGAAGUAAGUAAAUAAGAGGGUUACUCAAUUUUCAGAAAUUCCCAUCUGAAAACAUUCCUCUAAAACACAAAUACAAGACAAUCAGAGCCUCUUUGAUUCAAUAUUUGAGACAUUUGGAGAAGCUGAAAUUGACAACGGCUGAAUUUUUGUCGCACAAAGUGUUUCCCAAUAAACCCUUUGAACACCCCUAGUCGAAACACUUCUUUCAGUUGUGUAAAUAGGGUCAGGACAAGGAAAUCAUCAAAUGCCUUGAAGACAACAAAUACUUGGUUUAUGAAUACGAUCAUUUGCUCAUGACCACUCUACAUUGGUGUGCAAUGAGAGGUUUGGAAUCUACUGCCAAGAUCUUAUUAAAAUAUGGAGCAGAUCCAGAUUCUCAGGACAUCGUGGGAAGGACUCCCUUGUAUCUUGCUUUGAUCCAUAAGUAGAAUAACAUCGCAUACUUCUUGAUUCUGAACAAGGCUGACCCUUGGAACAAGAUGAAUCUCAACUACGACGAAUCGGUGAGUGAAAAUCCAGAGGGUAAAACUAUGCUGCAUCAAACUCGAAGGACUCAUAUUUUACUUCGUAUGACUCCAGCAGAUCAGAGACAAUUCAUCUGGCAAAAGGAACAAUUGCAGAUGUAUGAACCAAAGAAGAAGAAGUUGGUUUCUACGCAAUGA